UUUGUUCUUUUUAGGCGAAAUCAUAAUCACAUAUGGCAAGUGCUAAUGUACGCUCGCAGAGUCUUCUACAAGAUUGAUACAACUUGUCCCCUGAAUCCUGAGGCUGCAGUGCUGUAUGAAAAAGAUAUUCAGCUGUUCAAAAGUAAAGUGGUGGACAGUGUCAGACUAUGCAGCAGUCACUUAUUUGAUCAGCCUAAAAUAGAGGAUCCCUAUGCAAUUGUUUUUUCUCCAUGGAAUCCAGCUAUCCACGAUGAAGCUAGAGAGAAGAUGCUGAGUCAAAAGAAGAAGCCGGAAGAUCAGCACUGCAAAAGCAGCCACGUUUCUGGCCUGUCGUGGGUAAAGCCGGGUUCCGUUCAGCCGUUCAGCAAAGAGGAGAAGACGAUGCCCACCUAGCUGCUCCGGCCGCGGUGCUCGGACACGUGCUGGGGGUGGAGGGAACGGAACGGAGAAGAAACGGCCAAGCAGCAGUUUCCUUCUUGACUAUGGAUUAGUAAAAACUGAACGGGAGCAGUGACUCCAGUAAACCUGCUCGAUGGAUUACUGCCUCUGAAAGUUUUACAUAUGCAUUAGGUUUUAAAGGCUUGCCUGGAGUUUGGAAGUAUCUCUGAACACUACAGUACUUCUACUUGGAAGCUGUCUAGGGUGGGUAAUUCCUCAGGGCUCUGAACCGCCUGGAGGUUUUGGGUUGGUUUUUAAGCUUUUAUUUUUCCCUCCAGGAGUAGCUUUUUUUUUUUUUUUUUUUUUAAUCUUAAAAUGCUGGCAGAAAUAUUAGCAGGAAAUAUGAUGCCAGAGGUAAGCUGUGUUCAUGUAAACUAAUAUAGCAGAGUUAAACACUAUAUUUAAUGGUUUUAAAUACUUUGGUUUCUAUUGUAAAUAUAUUAGGAUUUGAAAUUGUAAAUACCUGGUUCAAUGGCUCCAUUUAGCACUUUCCAGAGGUAAAGCUGAGGUUGAUACUCAGUGUAUGAUGUAUUAUUGAUUUGUAAAUGGAUAUUGUCACUAAAGCGCACAUUAGUCUGACAAGGUGAGAGCAGUGUCAGCCUUGUUGGACUUCGAUUACGUAAACACUAAAAUCAGGACUUUUUAUGGUGGUCUCGUGAGCUAAUAAAAUCUUAGAGGGUUUUAGAUUCCCUAGGUGUCUAUGCUGCAGGGUUUACUAGGAUAGCUUGACUAAUGUGUGUUAAUAGUGACAUCUUCAAAAAUAAAAAUCAUGAUC